ACUCAGGUGAGGGAAUUGCUCAGUCUUUAAACGCCGUUUCUAUCAAGUGCAAUCGCAUCAUGUCACUUUCAAAGCCAAUUUAUUCGCUCUUCGGCAGCUAUUUGGAACAGCUUUUCAAUCAUCCAGUGCGCACGAAAUCCCUAACAGCCUGCUGCCUGGCCACCACGGCAAAUGUUACCGCUCAGCGUUUGGCGGGCGCAAAGAAACUCAACCAACAAAGCCUCUUCGCUUAUGGUCUAUUCGGCCUGAUCUUUGGAGGCAGUGUGCCGCAUUACUUCUAUCAGACGGUGGAGCGCUUGUUAAGCCAUGAUUUUCGUUUCAGAAAAUUCUUUAUAUUCCUCUUUGAGCGCUUAGGCUAUGCGCCGCUCUAUCAGUUGCUCUCGCUGUAUUUCCUUUCGAUAUUCGAGGGCAAAUCGCACAGCACAGCUGUUAAGAAUCUGGAGAAACUCUAUUGGCCCGUAUUGCGCGCCAAUUGGCAAUAUCUGUCGGUGUUCGUCUAUCUGAAUAUUGCCUAUGUGCCGCCCAUGUUUCGCUCCGUUAGCAUGGGCAUAAUUUCCUUCAUCUGGGUGGUGUUCCUGGCACAGAAACGUCGCCGCUUCCAGGAGAAACAAGCAGCUGCCAAAUCCACAUAAUCGCAACCGCCAGCUGUUUAUCUAAAUAUAUAUCUGUGUCUUUAUCUGCGUCCCAAAGGUUCUCAAGCGGGAAUAACUUUGUUGUUUUAU